AAUUGCAAGUGAUUCUCGUGCAAUUUUUUAAUUUUAAACAUGUUUCUCUCGCCAAAGAAAAAAAAGCAGAAGAAAGAGAAGAAGGGAGCAAUGCAAUCGACAGAGACAGCAAUGCAAUCGAUGGAGUCAGCAGUGCUAUCGAUGGAAACAACAAUGCAAUCGACGGCAACAGCAAUGCAAUCGAUGAAGACAGCAAUACAAUCAAUAACAUCAGCAUUACAAUUGAUGGAGACUAUGACAUCGAAUGCGUGGAGUUUUUCUUAUACUGUAGCCCGAACCUUGAAACGGCCAGACUUCAAUUUUGGAUGGAAUGUAAUUGAAAAGGGAUAUAUCAAAUCAGCACUCGGGAAAGAAUAUGAAAUUUCAUAUGUCACAAUCAAACAGGCGGCGUCUUUUCUAAAAAGAUACAUUUUGAAAACACCUUGUUUCCAGAGCGAACGCAUAUUCAACAGAAGGGAUUUCGAUAUUUAUCUGAAGAAAGAACUUUAUCAAGUUACCGAUAGCAUCAAAGCACGCGGCGUGAUUUACAGUUUACUACAUCUAUCAGAAGAGCAGAAAUACAAAGGUGUCAUAACAAUCUCAUCAGGCAGCUUUGCAUUUACUAUCUGUUAUUAUGGAGAUCGAUAUAAGAUACCGGUGACGGUGGUGCUGCCGACAACAACGGCAGAAGAAAAACUCGGGAUAUGUCGAGCGUAUCUAUUAGCACGAGUGCUUGUCAGGGGUAAUAACUUACUAGAAGCUCAUCGUGCGGCUUUAGACAUCGCCAUGAAGGAAGACUUAUUUUAUCUUGAUGGAAAUGAUCAUCCAAACAUGAUUAUUGGUCAAGCCACCUUGGGCAUAGAAAUUAUAAAGCAACAAAGUGAAAUUGAUGUGGUACUUUUGCCGACGGCAAUUGAAGGUUGCGGAUUAACAACAGCUAUUGCAAUAGCUAUUAAAGGGUGCAAUUCAAAAAUAACAGUUAUUGAAGUUCAAGGUACAAAUUCUGAUUUAUUCCAAGAGGUGAAAAAACAAACGGAUUCACCUAAAGAAUUGAAUAUUCCUACGAAAGAGUAUGUAGCGUGUCCUUUAAGAAACAUACCACGUUGCGUGAUCGACAGGUUUAUUUCCGUAGCUCCAGAGUGGAUUUAUUAUGCAUCUAUACAACUACACAAGUCUGAAUGUUACUACGACUGUUAUGGAGCAAUUGCUUUAGCUGCAAUUUUAUCUGGUCAGCUUGAUGAUCUACGGGGAAAAAGGUGA